GCUGGAUGGAUUUCCGGUGUGAGGCUACGUACUGCCUAUUCAGCAAAGCAAUAUGUAAUCCUCUCCUGUAGCUCAGUCAAAGGAUUGUUUGAUUUGUUUUUAAAUGCGUUGUUGUGCACUGAAGUUUUGGUUAAAAUACUCCCUGAUUUCAGACCAGGAACGUGCACGAGCAAAAUGAAGGAACAGAGCGAGCGCGUCAUCUUCAAGUUCUUCAGACAACAACUACAGUCGGUUUAACCGCGAACAGAGCAAGCAGCGAAUAAAUCAAGCCCGCCCCAGCGGCACCAAGUCCUAUCGAACGAAUUGCCAGCUGAAGGGGCUGUGUUGUGCUGUUUUAUCACGGAGUGGAUUCCAUUCUACAAUGGACAGGAUUGACAGUCUAAUGAAACAGGAGUUUGUCAGUGUUUGGGUCCAGGAUCCACAGUUCCACAAAGAUGACUUCUGGCACACGCACAUCGACUACGAGAUCUGUUUACAUACCAAUAGCAUGUGUUUUAGGAAGAAGACGUCCUGUGUGCGUAGGCAGUACAGUGAGUUUGUUUGGCUCCGGCAGCGUCUGCAGGACAAUGCUAUGCUCAUAGAGUUGCCCAAAUUACCUCCCUGGAAUCCGUUCUUCAGUCUGAACAACCCCUAUCAGGUCAACCAGCGGAUGAAGGGUCUACAGGAGUUUCUAGAGACUGUCCUCCAGGACCCCCUGCUGCUGUCUGACAGCAGAGUGCACCUUUUCCUCCAAUCCCAGCUCAGCGUGACCAAGAUGGAGGCGUGUGUCUCGGGCCAGACACGCUACACAGUGGCCCAGGCCAUCCAGAUGUGUAGUGACUGCCACCGCACACGCUUCCCCGUAGAGAAGAGCCAUAAGGACUACUGCGACUCGAACGGCGAAAGCACCACAUCAUCAGGUCUAGGCCACAGCCAUGACUCGGGGGUCCCCCAGAGCUCCAGCCCCCUACCCUGUGACAGCAGUUGUAAAAAAUGUGAUGGAAGCCUAACCAUCAGGGACAGAAGAUUUUUCAGCAGAGAGUCCUCUUGUGACCAGGAACACACAGAGCCCUGACACAUGCACAAAGGGGCUGUUUCCCAGACAAAUAUUCAGCCUAGUCCUGCACCCAAAAUGAUGCUAAAUGAUUGAAAGUGCUUUUUAGUUCAGGACUAAGCGUAGUCUUUGUCCGGGAAGCCGCCCCAAAGACUCUGUUUGCUGCUGUUCCAGGUGUGCUUCUCAAACCUCUGAAGGUGAGGAGGCGGAGUAGAAAGGCCUUUUUUACGUGGUUCUCCGUUGGCAUUCUGUGUUCCCUAUCUGUCUUUUAAAAUGUCUGAACUAUAUGUUUUCUUAAAGGAUAUGUUAUUAUAUUGAUACACCCACUAUUGUGGACUGGCUGGUGUUGCUGGUGAACAAGGCACUUGAGCAAGUCUCUUCUCCAAAAUGUAGCAUUGUCUUAAUGCAGUAUCUCAGUCUUAAACUCUAACUUGUGCCUCACAUGUUUAUAAAAAAUAAAUAAAAACGAGGAAAAUAAAAAAGAGGAGAAAGAUUUCUAUCACUUAACCUGCAAUGAUACUGGGAAAGAUUCUUAAAUUAUGAAUGUUUUAUUUGCACUAUUAAACUGUGUUGUAUAGGCUCAUUUAAAAAAAAAAAAGUAAAAUAUUUUUAAAUGAGUAUUCCAAGUAUCAAUAAAUAUUAUUUUUUUUGAAGAAGAAGAA